CGGGUCAGGCCCCGGUCGGUGAAGAGGGAGGAAGGCGCGGACCGGCAGCGACGGGCACCGUCCCUGUUGCCACCUCCUUCGCCACCCCAAGGGGCGGGGAAAGGGGGGAGAGACUGUGGGGCUGUCCAGCCGCCCAGAGAAGACCGGCAGAGGGAUAGAGCCUUUCACGGAGACAGCAGGGAGGGAACUUCCCGAAGGGGGAGGGGUGCCUCCCCCGUCCUCAGGCCUGUGACUUACUAUAGCAACCCCGAAGGCCAAGGAGCUGCCUCCGGGGACGAUACCUUCAAGGACAGUAGACAUGCAGCACAGAUUGCUAAAGAAACGGUAGUUUAUUUGGGGCUUGAGAUUUUUCGUGGACAUCGUCAGCUCAGCAAAGAACGGAAAGAAGCCAUCUGUCGACUCCCAGAGCCCCACACUACAAGGGAAAUGCAAGCCUUCCUGGGAAUGAAGUCCAUUCUAGUCGACCAGAUUUGAAGGACAGGCCCCUAGAAGAUCCAGAUUGGGAACUCUUCACAGAUGGGAGUAGCUUUGUGAAAAAUGGUAAAAGAAUGACUGGUUAUGCUGUGACCACACAGGACAAGGUGAUUGAGGCCAAGGCCCUGCCGGCAGAUGUAUCAUCGCAGAAGGCUGAAUUGAUUGCGCUGACGAGGGCCUUAGACUUGAGUGAAGGAAUGAAGGUAAAUAGCUGGACUGAUUCUAGAUACGCGUUCAGUGUUGUCCAUGCCCACGGAGCCAUCUGGAAGGAGAGAGGACUUCUGAACGCUCAAGGCAAUCCAAUUAAACAUGCUCAACAAAUACUUGCUCUUUUAGAGAGCAUUAAAAAACCCACAGGAGUAGCUAUUAUGCACUGUAAAGGUCACCAAAAAGGGAAAACUGUUCCAGAAUUGGGAAACUGCUUUGCUGAUAAAGUGGCAAGAGGAAUUGCAGAAAAAGGUAUCCUAGCAGUAAUUCCACAAAAAGAAAUUGAUUUAUCUGAGUUUACCCCAAAAUAUGAUCAAGCUGAUCAUAAACUAAUUAAGUUCCUUAAGGCUAAGAUCACAGAGAGUGGAUGGGCUGUUACACCAGCAAAUCAGGUUGUAGUAUCAUCCUUGAUCCUUCGGGAACUAGCCCAGAGAGAACAUGAAAACACACAUUUUGGAGUUGAGAAUCUUCUAAAACAUUUAAAAAAGGUAGUGAUAGGGAAGGGAAUGGCUGACAUUGCACAAUCAGUAGUGAGUAAAUGUGAAAUUUGUUGUAAAAACAAUCCUGACACAAGGAAAAGAGUGGUGUUAGGAGUAACAAAGGCAGGGGAUCUUCCUGGGGAUUACUGGCAAAUAGAUUUUGCGGAGUUACCACGUAAAGAGGGAUACCGAUACUUGCUGGUACUAGUGGACACUUUCAGUGGAUGGCCGGAAGCUUACCCCUGUCGCACCAAUAUGGCUAGGGAAGUAACAAAAGUCUUGCUUAACCAUAUCAUUCCAAGGUUCGGGGUUCCCUUGGGAAUGUCAUCAGAUAGGGGACCACACUUCGUUGCAAAGGUGAUUAAAGAGAUCAGUCAAAUCUUGGGAAUUGCCUGGGACUUGCACACAUCAUAUAGACCCCAAGCGAGCGGUAAAGUUGAACGUAUGAAUGGGACUCUUAAGACACAAAUUAGAAAAAUUUGUCAAGAGACAUCUAUGACAUGGGUCCAAGUGCUGCCUAUAGCCUUAUUAAGAAUUCGCAUCCAACCCAGGCGAAGGGAUAACAUCAGUCCCUAUGAAAUAUUGUAUGGGAGACCCUAUCAAAUCCCACAUAUCCCAGGUGAGAUUCAUAUGAAAGGGAAACUUGAUUUACAAAGAUAUUUAAUGGCUCUUAGUUCUACUUUGCAGAAGCUUCAAACCUAUGUCGUGUUAUCUAGACCCAUAAGACUGGAUACACCUGUACAUCCUUUCCAACCUGGAGAUUGGGUGUAUGUUAAGUGGUGGGACAGUGAUCCUUUACAAGCAAGAUGGAAGGGACCAUUUCAAGUCCUGCUGACCACCUUCACCGCAGUAAAAGUCGCUGGCCAAGGACCAUGGAUCCACUACUCCAGAAUUAAGGAGGCUUCCGCCCCUGAGACAAUUGCGACAACAAAGACUGAUGCAAAUGAUAAUACAGUGUAA